AUGACAUCUCAAAUUCCAACUCAUACCAUGCCCGCCCCGGAGGACUCGACAGUCUCGCCCGGUCAGAUCCCCUCAGAGCAACCACCGAAGUUGAAAGGCCGUCAGAAGUUACUACAAAGUCUCCAACGCAUGUCGUCUAGCCCAACGUUGACCAGACGAGGGCGCUCAUCAUCAACUGCUGGAUAUCGCCGAGACCACAAGGCCUCACUAUCUUGCGUUUCGCUAUCUUCGCCUUCUUAUUCACCAUGCUUGGGCAAUGGUAGUUCCUCCCAGCUAUACGGGGGUCUCAAUCCUCGACCUGUUACACCAGGUUUCUCUCGCUCGCCUGGUGGGCCACAGGACGCCAACCCCCGCAUUCGACUGGUAGAUACCGACGCCCCUAGUGUCUCACUUCCUCGCACCGUCCCUUUACCAUUCGACGUGAGGCCAGCAUCGGGAGGGUCUCCGCGUGCGGCAACUCCUGUGGAGGUCCAGGUUGAAGACCCAGUCCCCCUUCCAGAGGUUCAGCCGGCUCGAACUCUGGAUUUCUGGGGCGAUAUGCCACAGGAGCUCAAGAUGGAGAUAUUCCAGCAUUUGACUCCACAGGAGAUUAUUCGGUGCUCUGCUGUUUCAAAAUCGUGGAACGAGAUGUGCUAUGAUGGUCAAUUGUGGUCCAAGGUUGAUGCGACUGAGUACUACUCUAAGAUUCCAAGCGAUGUCCUGGUGAAGCUCAUCACCUCAGGGGGUCCGUUUGUUAAAGAGCUCAACCUCCGAGGUUGUGUUCAAAUGCGUGAGAAGUGGUCUUCGGAUGGGGAGCGCAUCUUCAACCUUUGCCGGAACGUUGUCAACUUCUCGCUUGAGGGCUGUCGCAUUGACAGGGGAUCGAUCCACCAUUUCCUACUCCACAAUCCUCGUCUGGAAUACAUCAAUGUCUCAGGCUUAUCAACUGUUACAAACUCGGCCAUGAAGGUGAUUGCACGAUCUUGCCCACAGCUUCAGACCUUGAAUGUUUCAUGGUGCAGUAACGUUGAUACUACCGGCCUUCUUCGAGUCGUUCAGUCUUGUGAGCGGUUGAAGGAUCUUCGAGCUAGCGAAAUUCGUGGUUUCAGCGACGAGAAGUUCACACUGGCCUUAUUCGAGCGCAACAACCUGGAUCGUCUGAUCAUGAGUCGCACCGACUUGACCGAUCAGAGUUUGAAGACACUUAUUCACGGCAAGGAUCCCAACAUGGAUUUGCUGACCGACAGGCCUAUCGUUCCACCUCGACGGUUCCGCCAUUUGGAUCUCCAUCAAUGUUCCGAGAUUAGCGACAGUGGGCUGAAAAGCAUGGCCCAUAACGUGCCAGAACUGCAAGGCUUGCAGGUCUCCCAGUGUUCUGAAUUGACAGACGAAUCUGUCAUGGAUGUCAUCCGCACAACGCCCAACCUAUCUCAUUUGGAACUAGAAGAUCUGGAGAACUUGACAAACAGUACCUUGGUGGAGCUGGCGAAAUCUCCCUGCUCCCAGAACCUGGAGCACCUGAAUAUCAGCUACUGCGAGAAUCUGAGUGACACAGGAAUGCUUCAGGUUAUGAAAAGCUGCCCGAAACUACGAUCUGUAGAAAUGGACAACACCAGGGUCUCCGAUUUGACUCUCAUGGAAGCCAGCUAUCGCAUCCGCCGGCGUGGAUACAGCGAUGACCUCCCCCAAAUCGGACUGCGACUCAUGAUCUUCGACUGCGCAAAUGUCACCUGGGCAGGCGUCAAGGAAGUCCUCUCCAGCAAUGCUUACAUUCCUCGCGCCUCCCGCAAGCCCGUAUCCACAGUGGUAACGGUAACACAAACCUCAGACACCGGAUCCUCCCCCGAGACAAGCACAUUCGUCAAACCAACCUCCACCCCUUCACCCUCACCAACAUUUCCAAACGAAAUCAUUCAGCUGAAAUGUUUCUACGGCUGGCAGAUGACCGUGGACGAACACACAAAACGCGUUCUCCGCGGCGAUCUUGCUGCAGCCUCCCGGCUGGACCGGAAAUGGGCAGACUACAUGAUGGCAACCGAGGAAGCGGGCGCUGCAGGUGCGGGUGCCCGCCGACGCAGGCGUCGCGCUCGCGAAGCCGAGCGCCUUUACAACGCUGACGAGGACGAGGCCGAUGCAUACGGCGGGGCAAUCACCGCUCUAGGUGGCAGACGUCGCCGCGCUCAGAGCGGCGGUGGAUGUACUGUCAUGUGA